AGACUUGCGUCGUCAGUACAACUUUAGUGACAACCUUCCUAGUGUAACCCCCAUUGAAUUGAUUUCCACCGUCCGAUCUACUGACGUGGCGUACCAUCACACGUCAAAAAGAGCAGAUCGGCGCCAAUAGUGAGGGUGGCAGUUUCAGAAUCACGUGUCUGUACCGGAAAGUGAUCUCCUUUUUCUUCCUCUCGCCAAAAUCCCUUCUUCACUCCUUCCCCCCACCCCACUAUCAUUCCUUCUGUAUGAAGGUACCAAAAAGAAAAUUUUACUCCUACUAGAAUAUUCUAUUAAUCCCCGUUUUCUGAUUUUCAGGCUACAUGUUCUGUUAAUCGAACUAUUUUUCAGAGAUUUAGGGUUUCACUAACUACCUUCUGUGAAAGGAGGAUAAAUAUGUCUUUUACCUCGGAGUUGUAUGCUCAAAUGGGUCGCAGGAAAAGGAGUAAGAGGCAUUUCGCAUUAAGAGAAUGUAACAAAAAGUUGGAACUUUUUAUGCACCUGUUUUAUGGUUGGUAGAUCUUGUUAUCUGGUUGGGCUGUUACAACUGAAUUAGUUAAUUGGGGCAUCAAGGUAGUAGCUUUAUAGUUUUGACAAUCUGGGUGGUUUUUGGUUAGAUGUAGUUUGGAGGACUGCUUAUGAUUUAGAGGUAGCUUAAUUACUUAAAUUUUUGCAUGGAGAACUUGGGUAAGAAGAGAAAGGGAGUAGAUAUUUCAGUUACUUGUCAAAAAGAUGUGAGUCCUUUCACAGUAGUCAGGUCACAUUUAUCACUUGAGGAUUACUCGCGAAGGAAAAAGAAAUCUAGGGAAAUUGUGGUUGAAGAUGCUAACUGUUGUAGGAAGAGUGUAAUCACAGGAGUAGUCACUGCCCCGCCUUGUGGGAGUGCACGUUCACGCUCACCUGGACGAGGACUUAAAAGGAAAAUAGGUUGCCUUGAUUCAGCCACGCGAUUGGGGAGGAAGAAGAAGAUUGAGCAGGAUUAUGAGAUGGGAGAAGUUAUUGGGAAAGGGAAAUUUGGGUCUGUAUUAUUAUGUCGUAGGAAGUUGAGUGGAGAAAAGCAUGCUUGCAAGACUCUGCGUAAGGGGGAAGAGAUCAUUCACCGUGAAGUGGAGAUAAUGCAGCAUCUCUCUGGGCAUCCAGGUGUUGUGACACUGAAGGCUGUUUAUGAGGAUGCUGAAUCUUUUUAUCUUGUUAUGGAACUUUGCUCAGGCGGAAGGUUGCUUGACCAAAUGGCUAGGGUAGGGAGAUAUCCGGAGCAACAAGCUGCUAAUGUGAUCAAAGAUCUGAUGCUGGUUAUUAGAUACUGUCAUGAGAUGGGUGUUGUGCACAGGGACAUUAAGCCCGAAAAUGUCCUCCUUACAACCUCUGGACAAGUUAAGGUUUCAGACUUUGGGCUAGCUAUGAGAAUUUCAGAUGGUCAGAGUUUGACUGGUGUGGUCGGAAGUCCAGCUUAUGUUGCUCCUGAGGUUCUGCUUGGUGAUUACACUGAGAAAGUGGACGUAUGGAGUGUCGGUGUCCUCCUGCAUGCACUUUUGAUGGGCGGGCUCCCAUUUCAAGGUGAUUCUUUGGAAUCUAUAUUCAGCGCAAUUAAGGAGGAGAAUCUUGAGUUCACUGGUGGACCCUGGGAAUUUGUGUCACAACCUGCUCGUGAUUUGCUUUCCCGUAUGAUGACAAGGGAUGUUUCAGCAAGGUACAGUGCCGAUGAAGUACUAAGGCAUCCAUGGAUUUUAUUUUACACAGAACCCACAUUGAAGAACCAUGUAAAACCAAUCAAAAGCAAGCUGACUGCUACUACUAGGAUAGAACGGGAGAGAAGAAACUUAGCCUUUAGCUCUCUCAGUGAUGAUUUUGGUUCAACUUUUGGUAGUUCGUCUAAUAUGCCUGAAGGUGAAGACUCUGGUUUUAUCGAUGCUCUCACAGUGGCCGUUUCACAUAUGAAGAUAUCAGAGCCAAAGAGAAGUAGAAUAUGCAGCCCAGCCAGAACAAUUGAUCAAGACUGUCCCCCUAACAUACAAGCUAACCACCUCUGUACAGCAUUUUGACGGGUAUGACCUUCAGCAGCAUGUACUGUUCCUUAGCUUCGGAGCAAAGGCGGAGCACAGCAUGUUGCAACAACUAUUGAUGAAUCGACUUCCCAACUGCAUGAAGUGGUAACUGGCGACUGGUUUCAUUUAACCUUUGGCUGUGAAUAAAUUGUUAAUAAGAAGAGUUCUGUGUCAGAUAAUAUUGGACUAGUUUGGCGUUGCUUUUGGCUUGUGAAUUCUUAACAUUUUUAACUUGUCAGUUGGAGAGAGUGUGUGUGUGUGUGAGAGAGAGAUGUAAAUAAGGCGUGUUUUCUUAGUUAUUUCUCUGAGCCCGUUGUAAAAAAGUUUCAAGGGUCAUAGAGAUAAUGCAUUUGGAAUCAAUCUUGUUUAACAGCAUCAGGGAUAUAAGCUGAGUAAUUUAUUUUGAGUUGAAAGAAA